AUGAAGCUCUACCCCUCACUGAGCUCCGACCUCGCCGACUGGGCCGCCCGCCAGCCCGUCUUCUUCACGGCCUCGGCCCCGACCCACCUCCCGCACGUCAACGUCUCGCCAAAGGGCCUCUCCGCCCACUUCGCCGUUCUCGGCCCCAACCUCGUCGGCUACAUCGACCGCACCGGCUCCGGCUGCGAGACCAUCGCUCACAGCUACGAGAACGGCCGCCUCACCCUCAUGUUCAUGUCCUUCGGCCCCUCCCCGCGCAUCCUCCGCAUCUUCUGCCGGAGCCGCAUCGUGGAGUGGGACAGCCCGGACUUUGACUCGUGGAUGAAGCGCAUCGUCCCGCAGGGCAGCAGCCGGGACUCAUACGACGGCGCUAGGGCUGUCGUCCUCGGCGACGUGUGGGAGGUCCAGACGAGCUGCGGCUUCGGCGUUCCCAUGGUCAGGAAGGAGCUCUACGCCCCGGCGGCGACCUCCGAGGACGCGUCUCUCGAAAAGGGGCAGCAAUCAACAGCACAUCACGAGGUCAAAGACGAACUCUCCGUCUUUGAGGAGCGUCCCACCCUCGACAACUACUGGAAGAAGCGCGCCGACAACAACACCGUCCACAAGUACCAGCUCGAGACCAACGCCACCUCCAUCGACGGCCUGCCCGGGCUCAAGACGGCGCGGCGCGACGCGGGCGAGGUCCUCUGGCUCACCGACGCCCGGUCCCGCGCCGCCCGCGCCCUCCGCGAGACGCAUGGCAUCCUGCUGGGAAUUUUCCUUGCUCUUUUGUUUUACGGUGUUUUGGCUUUGGUAAAAUGA